CACUUUUCCUUCAGUAGUGCACCUGCUUCGACUUUGACACCUGCUCUUUAUUGUACCUAGCAAUGUGCCAUGGGAUCUGCAGGAAUCUUUUAUUAGCGUGACAGAUCCGUGUGUGUGUUUUGUAUUAUUGUUGUUAUCUUGGCGAUAUGAUUGAGUAAAUACAGCGUAUUUUGACGGGAUUGCUUUGCUUGUCAGAAGGAAGCAGUGAAAAAUGAAAAAAGGAACAUUGAGUCGGAUUCUGGGUCGAAAAGAAAACAAUUCACCCUUAUAUAAAACGAAGCCUGUUGGAUCCAAACUCGAGAUCAGCGGUCCGACUAGAAUCGAUGUCCCAGAUCUGGAUAAAGUGUUGGGCUAUGGGUCAGUCCCAGAAACUGGAACUGCCAAGGUGCGAGCCAGGCCGACUGUCAAACUGUCACCUAAUUUUCCUUCAACGGAUUCAGAUGUACCUCUUGGUCAUGCAGUCCCUUUGCCAACUGUUCCUGGGUUUCAGAUGGGACCUGGCACCGGAGUAGCAGGAAAUGGAGUGAAUCUCAACAACAACACAAAUGGGAAUCUCAUAAUAAAUGGUUUUCCAGAUGAUACAGAAGAAGAAAUUUUCAUCCCACCCCCUCCGGACAUGGCUCCACCUCCUCCACCUUCAUUCCCUCCACCUCCACCACCACCACCCUCAUCCAGUUUCCCGAAUUCACCUUUAAUAUCCACUCCCAGCUCUCAGGUUGAUAUCCCUCACCCAGGAAUGCCUCCACCUCCUCCUCCUCCACCACCAACAUCCCUUUCAGAAAUGUACAGUUUCAAAGAUCCAGAGAUACCUUCAUACCUAUCAGAAGAAUCUUCAUCUCUUGUUCCAGUGCAACGUCCAAAAUAUGCCCCACCACCUCCACCUCCAUCUUCACUCCCAAAACAGAAUUCCAGUCCCUUCCCAAGUGCCAUUAAUACACCACAGCCACCAUCUUCUUCCAAAGUCCCCAAGGUCCCACCACCUAAACCUCUCAGAUACUCUUCUAUUUCCCAAUUGGAUGUUGUCUCCCUACAACCAGACCCACCGCAAGAUUUUCAAAGCCCAAUGCCUUCAAGCUUCAAACCCCAAAAUACUGCCAAACUCUACAGGGCUGAAUCAGACACUACACCAUCAAAAGGAACUGUUGGAGACAACAAGGUCAAACAAUUGAUUUUAAUGCAUGGAUCGGCUUCUGAAGACCAGUCAAGACAAGUUAAUGGGUAUCUUCCUCCAUCGUCUGUAAGGAGAAACAGUUCUGGCAUUCAAAUGGGAAAUGAUCUUAAUCCAAAUGGGAUGCCAACCACAACAAUAAAGCUCUUUGAAACUAAACACCAUACUAAUGAAGACUCUUUUUCUUCUGUUAUUGCACUUGCUGCCAAAAAGCAUCAGGAGAAUACCCAAGUAGCUCAGCUGCCAGAUAACAACCAAGACAGAUCUCUAACAAAACCAGUGGAAAAACCCCAAGUCCCGAUAUUUAACUUCCCUGCCAAACCAGAGCCCUUGGCUCCAAGUUUCCAACCACUAAAAGAAACUUCCUAUGCUACAGAAGAACUUGUCCCAUCACCGUCAGUCCCAAAAGAUAACACCGUCUCUCCACUUGCAAUGCUAUUUGCUGCUAAAAAGAGAUCCAGUAAGGGCUCUCUCUCCAGACAGAACAGCAACAGUAGUAACAACAGUGCCAACUCUCUGUCAUUCUCAACAACUAUGACAAGCUCAAGUAUGACCAUUCAGCAAAGUGAGCUGAACCCCAACUCCUUCAUCAUUAGUCCUAAGGCAUACAAAGACAAUAAAGACACAGUUGCACCAGCAUUCAGUCCUGGACCAGUGGCAGAUCCGAAACCCACACUGCCAGCGCCCAGUACUGCUUAUGUACCAUCUCCUGUUACAUCAUUAAGCCAAACUAAAGAAAGAUCCAACCCAGAUAUAAAAAGUACAGAUAAAUCAUCCAUGAGCCUGAUCGACCAGAUUCUUCUGCAAAGAUCUGCUUUCAUAAAUUUGCCAGACCCUGAAGCAGCUCAAAUUCCAGAGCCUCCCAUGGAUCUUGAUAGAAUGUGCAGAGACAAUGAAAGUGGGGAACUAAAUUGCAUGUUUAUUCCGCCCCCACCUGAAUUUGCCAAUAGUCCCACAGAAGAGAACAGCACCACUGAGGAGAUGGCAUCACCUAGACUGGACUUUAAUCCCCCUUUGAUUGAAACACAGAAUAAAUAUACAGUCCCUAUGCAGACUGACAUCACGUCCAAUGCCUUUGCCAAAACCACAGGUCCUCCAACACCAAGCACUGCACCUCCAGCAAUAAAGAUGGCACCUAAAAUACCAAGGACUCCAACUAACUUGAAGCCAAAGAUUAAGGCAAAACCACAAAUCACAACUCAGUUGUCUUCUGAAAACAAGUUUGGUCCUAAGGGAGGUCCAGUUACCCUCCAAAGUAUAUUGCAGAAGAAAAUGAUGGAAGUGGAUUUAAAGACAAACUUUAAACCUGUGGAGGACUCUAGCAGUGAUGCUUGGGCAAACCCUGAGCCCAAGAUAUAUAAAAACAUCCCCUCAAAACUUGUCAUUCCAUCACAAAUACCAAGUAAGCCAGCUGAGGCAAAUGUUCAGCCAGCAGUAGCCAAGGACUUAGUCCUGAAUGAGCUGAAAACGAAAGUAAAGUCGAACAACAUCGGCGAGGUUCCUAAAAGCCCUGUUUCAACUAAUAAACCAAAGCAGACGUAUGGCAUGUCCUUUACAGUGAGACCCGGAACGAAACAGCCCAUCACCCUCAUCCAUCAACAGCAAAACUGAGGAGGUGCGGUGCUGCCAGUGCUAAAAUGAGCCAGAUGAGCAGCAUAUACUGCAGUCACAAAACAGGAGAGACUUGGAAAAGCUGGGGAAGAGAAGGAAAAAAAACCAAACACAAACACUGAAUAUGUGUAAAUGUGCUGUAAAUCUUGAAGUCAUAAGGUCUGGAAGUUUUGAGGUUGUUGUCAGUAACUGUUAAUGAUAGCCAGGAGAGCUUAUCUCACUAUUAUGUAUCAAGAUGUGCUUCCUUUUAAAGAUAAUAUAUAGGUCCUUCCUUUUUUCUGAUGGCUUUUGUGUCAUUCUGAGGUGCACAUAGGAUUUUUUUUUUUCUUUUGUGAAAGCACAUAGACAUUUAUGUUCUCAAAUAUAUGUAGAAUCAGAUGAUUCAGAACGGUGUUAAAAAGCAAUGACUCUGGACUACGGAAGAAGCGUAUUGUGAAUGCCAUGUGAGAAUACACAUUCCAGACACAACAAAUAUGCAUGUUAUUUAUAUAUAUAAAAAAAUAUGGACAUACGUACAAACCUAAGGAUAUACUCUAGUAAAUAGGGUUUUAAUAGGGGUUAAUACAGAACCAUGUACAUGGAAAGUAAGUUGUCUCUUUAUAGAUAUUAUUUAACAUUCAAUAAAUAAUAAACAUAUUUAAAGGAAUAAAAAGUUAAUUUUAGGUCAAAAAUGUUUGAAUGAAGUUUCUCUUAAUGCAAGUCAGCUAUUAAACUAAUCUUUUACUAGCAACUUCUAAUGUAAUCAACAUAGUAAACCACAGCCAAUUCUGAGUGCUAACUGGUUUGCCUUUUAUAAUCUAAAGCAUUACUUGAAGAUCAAGACAACAAUGCCUAGGAAGCUUUGUUUCCAAUAAACUCCAAGUGUGUGCAGUGAAAAUUAAUGUGCAGCAAUGGCUUUAAUGGUGAUGAAUCCUAGAAUAAAAACACAACUCCAUCAACAAUGUGUGUGUACACAUGGCAAUGUGACCAGCAGGGAAGACUCUUUACUUGGUUCACCCAAAGAGAACAUGCAGCACAUCACACAGCUCUACCCCACAGAGCAGAACACUUCUGACAAAAUAUCUUUUGCAUGAAAGAAGAAACGCAACUAAAAAAAGAA